AUGGUUGCCAAUCUUGUUGUAACUACCUCAGGCGAGGAUUCACACGCUUCACUUCCCAACAACACCCAUGAUCAGUGGAUCAAGGAUGCUGGUCUUCGUCGUUUGAACUUAGGUAUCGGGCUGAUGUUUACAUCGGCUGCUGCCAAUGGGUAUGAUGGGAGCCUUAUGAAUGGCUUAUUGGCCUUGCCACUAUUCUUGAAAGAUAUAGGUGAAAUCAACUCAAAUGUUGAAGGCCUCAUCAUCGCUGGAGUUUCUCUUGGUGGUAUGCCGAGUUUUAUCCCAGCGUCAUAUUUUGCGGAUGCAUUCGGACGAAAGAAGUGCGUUGCUCUCGGCUCGGCAAUCAUGGUAUGCGCCUCCAUUAUCCAAGCUGCUACACAUGGACCUUGGGCAUUUUUUGGCACUCGUCUUAUGAUGGGAGUCGGAUUGGGUUUUGCACAGACCGCAGCUCCUCCCUUGACUACAGAGAUUGCGCAUCCGCGCCAGCGAGGGACUGUCACGGCUAUAUUUCAGUGCACUUGGUUUUGUGGUGCAGUCCUUUCCGCAGCUAUCACUCUGGCAACUCUUUACCUCUCCAGCUCAUGGUCAUGGAGGGUUCCAUGCCUAAUGCAAGCCUUUUUCCCUGCGCUUCAAUUGCUCGGGUUGCUGGUUGUUCCAGAGAGUCCACGAUGGCUUGUCUCAAAGGGCCGGCGGGAAGAGGCGUUGGAGAUCCUGGCUCGUUAUCACGCGAAUGGUGAUCAGACUGAUGAGCUUGUUCUAUUUGAAUACCGUGAAAUCUGCGAGGCCAUUGAGUAUGAGAAUGCAGUAGCUGAGGACAGUGGAUGGGCUGCAUUUUUCUCCACCCGCGGUGCAGUUCAUCGGCUGUUGAUCUGUAUUCUCGUAGGGUUCAUGAUUCAGUGGGCCGGUAAUGGAAUCGUCUCAUAUUAUCUCGCGCCUAUCCUCAAAUCAGUCGGCGUUACUAGUUCAAGCCAACAAGCAGGUAUAAACCUUGCUUUGCAGGCUUGGAAUGGUCUCGCAGCGCUAGGAGGAGCUUUGGCAACGGAGAAAUACGGUCGUCGAUCGUUGUGGAUGAUAUCAACAGCCUUGAUGUUGGUCUUUUUCGCAGCUGUUACGGCAUUAUCGGGGGUAUUCGCCGAGAUGCACAUAAGAGCUGCCGGUAGCGCCUCUGUAGCGAUGCUGUUUCUUUUCUUCGGCUCCUACGCUGUAGCGUACACCCCACUAUCAAUCGCAUACCCUGUGGAAAUCUUGCCGUUUCACUUGCGUGCUAAAGGACUUUCGCUUUGCUUGACAGUGGUGUUUGGCGCUGGGUUCUUUAACCAAUACGUGAACCCGAUAGCAUUUGACGCACUUGCCUGGAGGUUUUAUUUCGUUUAUGUCGUCUGCCUUGCUGCAUUCCUUGUCAUCAUUUACUUUCUGUUUCCGGAGACGAAAGGUCGUACUCUGGAGGAAAUUGCAGUUGUAUUCGACGGGCCUACAGAGCAAGCGAAUUCGCGACCCAACGAUGCCUACACGCUCAAGUCUCCCAACAAGAUCGAAGUAGAGCAUGUCGCCUAA